AUGGCUUUGCAGGAAGGGGAAAGCUCACGGGCCAAGAAGGGAGUUUCGGGCAAAGGGGACGAGGAGUCUGAUUCUGCGUCCAGUAUGGAAGAGGACUCCUUUCCUGAUGAAGGUGAGGAGCACCCAGGCUUAUACAGUGUGGAAAGGAUAAAGGGUUGUCUAAGUAGAACUAAGAACCAGAGGAUCCUGAUAGAGGUGCACUUCUCUGACCUGCCGAGACUGUUUAGGUCCAUUCGGUUCCACAUGGCCAAUAAAGCCGGGAAAAGGUUUACUGAGAGGGAGGGCUAUAGGUUGAGGAAGAUAGCUCUUACUGAUUACGAGGAAAGAGAGAUCGCUCUGAUCCAGCAGAAUAAUUUAAUUACUGAUAAACUGGCCCAGAAUGAAUUUGAGAAAGACAUUCUAAAGGCAAAGAAUAGUAAUCUGCAGGCAGAAGUUGAAGAUAUGCAGGAUAACAAGACAAUCCUGACUAAGGAGAACCAGAGCUUGAUUGCUAAUGAGGUCCACCUCGAAUCUCCGAAAAAGGAAAAACAAAAAGACAUUGAACGUUUGUGUUUAGCAGUGCAAGACCUUCACUGUCAAGAAGGGGAAAGCUCACGGGCCAAGAAGGGAGUUUCGGGCAAAGGGGACGAGGAGUCUGAUUCUGCGUCCAGUAUGGAAGAGGACUCCUUUCCUGAUGAAGGUGAGGAGCACCCAGGCUUAUACAGUGUGGAAAGGAUAAAGGGUUGUCUAAGUAGAACUAAGAACCAGAGGAUCCUGAUAGAGGUGCACUUCUCUGACCUGCCGAGACUGUUUAGGUCCAUUCGGUUCCACAUGGCCAAUAAAGCCGGGAAAAGGUUUACUGAGAGGGAGGGCUAUAGGUUGAGGAAGAUAGCUCUUACUGAUUACGAGGAAAGAGAGAUCGCUCUGAUCCAGCAGAAUAAUUUAAUUACUGAUAAACUGGCCCAGAAUGAAUUUGAGAAAGACAUUCUAAAGGCAAAGAAUAGUAAUCUGCAGGCAGAAGUUGAAGAUAUGCAGGAUAACAAGACAAUCCUGACUAAGGAGAACCAGAGCUUGAUUGCUAAUGAGGUCCACCUCGAAUCUCCGAAAAAGGAAAAACAAAAAGACAUUGAACGUUUGUGUUUAGCAGUGCAAGACCUUCACUGUCAAGAAGGGGAAAGCUCACGGGCCAAGAAGGGAGUUUCGGGCAAAGGGGACGAGGAGUCUGAUUCUGCGUCCAGUAUGGAAGAGGACUCCUUUCCUGAUGAAGGUGAGGAGCACCCAGGCUUAUACAGUGUGGAAAGGAUAAAGGGUUGUCUAAGUAGAACUAAGAACCAGAGGAUCCUGAUAGAGGUGCACUUCUCUGACCUGCCGAGACUGUUUAGGUCCAUUCGGUUCCACAUGGCCAAUAAAGCCGGGAAAAGGUUUACUGAGAGGGAGGGCUAUAGGUUGAGGAAGAUAGCUCUUACUGAUUACGAGGAAAGAGAGAUCGCUCUGAUCCAGCAGAAUAAUUUAAUUACUGAUAAACUGGCCCAGAAUGAAUUUGAGAAAGACAUUCUAAAGGCAAAGAAUAGUAAUCUGCAGGCAGAAGUUGAAGAUAUGCAGGAUAACAAGACAAUCCUGACUAAGGAGAACCAGAGCUUGAUUGCUAAUGAGGUCCACCUCGAAUCUCCGAAAAAGGAAAAACAAAAAGACAUUGAACGUUUGUGUUUAGCAGUGCAAGACCUUCACUGUCAAGAAGGGGAAAGCUCACGGGCCAAGAAGGGAGUUUCGGGCAAAGGGGACGAGGAGUCUGAUUCUGCGUCCAGUAUGGAAGAGGACUCCUUUCCUGAUGAAGGUGAGGAGCACCCAGGCUUAUACAGUGUGGAAAGGAUAAAGGGUUGUCUAAGUAGAACUAAGAACCAGAGGAUCCUGAUAGAGGUGCACUUCUCUGACCUGCCGAGACUGUUUAGGUCCAUUCGGUUCCACAUGGCCAAUAAAGCCGGGAAAAGGUUUACUGAGAGGGAGGGCUAUAGGUUGAGGAAGAUAGCUCUUACUGAUUACGAGGAAAGAGAGAUCGCUCUGAUCCAGCAGAAUAAUUUAAUUACUGAUAAACUGGCCCAGAAUGAAUUUGAGAAAGACAUUCUAAAGGCAAAGAAUAGUAAUCUGCAGGCAGAAGUUGAAGAUAUGCAGGAUAACAAGACAAUCCUGACUAAGGAGAACCAGAGCUUGAUUGCUAAUGAGGUCCACCUCGAAUCUCCGAAAAAGGAAAAACAAAAAGACAUUGAACGUUUGUGUUUAGCAGUGCAAGACCUUCACUGUCAAGAAGGGGAAAGCUCACGGGCCAAGAAGGGAGUUUCGGGCAAAGGGGACGAGGAGUCUGAUUCUGCGUCCAGUAUGGAAGAGGACUCCUUUCCUGAUGAAGGUGAGGAGCACCCAGGCUUAUACAGUGUGGAAAGGAUAAAGGGUUGUCUAAGUAGAACUAAGAACCAGAGGAUCCUGAUAGAGGUGCACUUCUCUGACCUGCCGAGACUGUUUAGGUCCAUUCGGUUCCACAUGGCCAAUAAAGCCGGGAAAAGGUUUACUGAGAGGGAGGGCUAUAGGUUGAGGAAGAUAGCUCUUACUGAUUACGAGGAAAGAGAGAUCGCUCUGAUCCAGCAGAAUAAUUUAAUUACUGAUAAACUGGCCCAGAAUGAAUUUGAGAAAGACAUUCUAAAGGCAAAGAAUAGUAAUCUGCAGGCAGAAGUUGAAGAUAUGCAGGAUAACAAGACAAUCCUGACUAAGGAGAACCAGAGCUUGAUUGCUAAUGAGGUCCACCUCGAAUCUCCGAAAAAGGAAAAACAAAAAGACAUUGAACGUUUGUGUUUAGCAGUGCAAGACCUUCACUGUCAAGAAGGGGAAAGCUCACGGGCCAAGAAGGGAGUUUCGGGCAAAGGGGACGAGGAGUCUGAUUCUGCGUCCAGUAUGGAAGAGGACUCCUUUCCUGAUGAAGGUGAGGAGCACCCAGGCUUAUACAGUGUGGAAAGGAUAAAGGGUUGUCUAAGUAGAACUAAGAACCAGAGGAUCCUGAUAGAGGAUUACGAGGAAAGAGAGAUCGCUCUGAUCCAGCAGAAUAAUUUAAUUACUGAUAAACUGGCCCAGAAUGAAUUUGAGAAAGACAUUCUAAAGGCAAAGAAUAGUAAUCUGCAGGCAGAAGUUGAAGAUAUGCAGGAUAACAAGACAAUCCUGACUAAGGAGAACCAGAGCUUGAUUGCUAAUGAGGUCCACCUCGAAUCUCCGAAAAAGGAAAAACAAAAAGACAUUGAACGUUUGUGUUUAGCAGUGCAAGACCUUCACUGUCAAGAAGGGGAAAGCUCACGGGCCAAGAAGGGAGUUUCGGGCAAAGGGGACGAGGAGUCUGAUUCUGCGUCCAGUAUGGAAGAGGACUCCUUUCCUGAUGAAGGUGAGGAGCACCCAGGCUUAUACAGUGUGGAAAGGAUAAAGGGUUGUCUAAGUAGAACUAAGAACCAGAGGAUCCUGAUAGAGGUGCACUUCUCUGACCUGCCGAGACUGUUUAGGUCCAUUCGGUUCCACAUGGCCAAUAAAGCCGGGAAAAGGUUUACUGAGGGAGGGCUAUAG